GUUGGCGAGGAGCUGGGAGCCCGCCCGCGCGCGCAAGGAGGCGAGGGCGCGUGGCCCCGACUGCCCUUGACUCGCCCCAUUCCUCCUGCAGGGCCAGGCGUGGACGCCACCGGAUCGCUGAGUCUUGAGGGACGGUGAAGCGCUGGCCGGCGUCAGGGCCCUUGCCAGGGGUCGGGGGGAGCCGGCGCAGGGGAGCGAGAUGGAGGCGACGAGAGCGGGCGCGGAGUAGCCGGCAGACCCCCGGGCGCGCACCUGCCCCGGCGCCCUGGCGCUCCGCGGGCGCGCGGCGGGCGGAACCCCCGGGGCUGCCAUGGAGGUGUCUAAUGUCAAGGACUUCCAGUGGAAGCGCCUGGCGCCACUGCCCAGCCGCCGGGUCUACUGCUCCCUGCUGGAGACCGGGGGACAGGUCUAUGCCAUCGGGGGAUGUGACGACAACGGCGUCCCCAUGGACUGCUUUGAGGUCUACUCCCCCGAGGCCGACCAGUGGACCGCCCUGCCCCCACUGCCCACAGCCCGGGCCGGGAUGGCCGUCACCGCCCUGGGGAAGCGGAUCAUGGUGAUUGGGGGCGUGGGCACCAAUCAGCUGCCUCUGAAGGUCGUGGAAAUGUACAGCAUCGAUGAGGGCAAGUGGAAGAAGAGGAGUGUGCUGCGUGAGGCUGCCAUGGGCAUUUCUGUCACGGCCAAAGAUUACCGAGUGUACGCAGCAGGCGGGAUGGGCCUGGACCUCCAUCCACACAACCACCUUCAACACUAUGACAUGCUCAAGGACAUGUGGGUGUCGCUAGCACCCAUGCCCACCCCGAGAUAUGCUGCCACCUCCUUCCUCCGAGGUUCAAAGAUCUAUGUGCUGGGGGGACGACAGUCCAAGUAUGCGGUCAAUGCCUUCGAAGUCUUUGACAUCGAAACUCGCUCCUGGACCAAGUUCCCCACCAUUCCCUGUAAGCGGGCUUUCUCCAGCUUUGUGACCCUGGAUGACCGCUUGUACAGCCUGGGGGGCCUGCGGCAGGGUCGGCUCUACCGGCAGCCCAAGUUCCUCCGGACAAUGGACGUGUUUGACAUGGACCAGGGGGGAUGGCUGAAGAUGGAACGCUCCUUCUUCCUCAAGAAGCGACGGGCAGACUUUGUGGCCGGCUCUCUGAGUGGACGGGUCGUAGUGGCUGGAGGACUUGGGAACCAGCCCACUGUCCUGGAGACGGCAGAGGCAUUCCACCCGGGGAAGAACAAGUGGGAGAUCCUCCCCACCAUGCCCACGCCCCGCUGUGCCUGCUCCAGCAUUAUCAUCAAGAACUGCCUCCUGGCCGUGGGGGGCGUCAACCAGGGUCUGAGCGAUGCGGUGGAAGCCCUGUGUGUCUCUGACUCCUAGCUGUCCCUAGAUCCAGCGCCUUUGUCCUGGACCAGAUCGCCCCACUCUUGACAAGAGGAAUGGUCUCAUCAAAGCAGUUUGGGCUACUUCCCAGGAUGCCAGCUCCUGG